AUGGAACCCACAUUUCAAUCCCUUCUAGCCCAAGAAGCAUCUCUAAGCGCCCUCCUUCUUUCCCAUUUCGUAGAAGACUUCAACUUCAUGGCUCACUGCACUGAGAGCAAGGACAUUGUGGUUGACUCUUUUAGUGAUGGAUUUUUGAAGUUUUGACAGAGAGUGGUAAAGGUGGAUUUUAGGUCUUGAGAUGUUUUGAAGGUAGGAGAUUUGGAGGAUAAUGAAGCCUGGAGCCGGGUGUUGUUCGGAAGAGAGGAGAUAUGUAAGGUUAAAGAAAUCAGAAAGCUAAGAAAGAGGGUUCAGAUUUACCAACAGUUUAAUCAUCAUGCAUUAAAAGAAAUAAAUAUGUAUCAUAAUGGUCAGGAUAAAGAGCUUUUAAAUUUUCAAAGUAUAUGCAAGCCACUUUGUAAUACUUUAACAAAUGGUUCAUCCUCAAUAACUCUGAAAGCUUUUGAAGUCUCGAAAAAGUCAUUCAAAAGACUUAUCUGUGUUUACAAUCUUCAGACACUUGCAUUCACUAAUUGCCAAGUUGACACUGAGAAUGUGAAGUUUCCUAUUCACACCAAUUUUACUCUAGAAAAACUUCUGUUUGAAGGUUUGAAUACAAGAAUAACCAAGGAAUGGAGAGAAAACCCUGAGAAAAUUUACUCCCUUAUAAGAGCUAUUUCUGAAUGUUCUCUCAGAGAUUCCUUGAAACUUGUUUUCGUCGACCGACUGAUUGAUCAAAAGGAGAUUCUCAAAGAGCUGGUGGACGAUCUCAAGUUAUCUAGCAUUAAGUUUGCCGGGAGAAAAGCUGAAGACAUGAGAUGAUGGCUAAUUUAAGCUAGAUAAUUUGUGUUUCGUCUGAAUAUUUUAACUCUCGAUUGUUUCAAUGAC